AGUUAUUGCAUAACCUCCUCCCCCCAAGUUAAAGAAAAAUAAUGGCUUCGGAAACACACAACAAACCUGAUGAGGAAGAGCAACACUCAAAGAGCGACCUUAUGUCGAGCGCAAAGUUGGUGGCAGAGGCUGCACAAUCCACUUUUGGUGGUGAAUCUGACAAGGUGGACAAAGCAAAGGUGGCUGAUGCUGCAGGGGAUCUUCUAGAUGCAGCUGGUCAAUAUGGAAAACUCGAUGAUCAAAAGGGUAUUGGUCAAUAUGUUGACAAGGCUUCGGAUUAUCUGCACAAGUACCAGUCCUCCUCCACUACUACUACUACUACCACACCUUCAAAAGAAUCAAAACCGAAGUCUGAAGGUGAUGAUGAUGCCAAAUCUGGAGGUGGGUUAGGUGGUGGUUUUGGCAAGUUGGCUGGAAGCUUCUUGAAAUAGACUCACUCAUUUUAAGGGCCUUUUAGUGAGUGUUGUUGUUGUUGUUAUAUCAUAUCAUGGAUUGAAUAACUAAGCUUUUGUAUUUUGUGUAAUAGACUUCUACUAUCCGUUUUCCACUAUGGCUCUGUUUGUGUGUAUCUAUCACCCUAGCUUGUGUAUCUACCCGUUUUGUCCUCUUUUUAGUAUCAUCAUGGAUUCAUAAAUUGAUGUACAAGAAUGGUCUAGGGACGUUUUUAAUUGAAGCAUGUCUUUAUUACAAAUAUUGAA